AUGGAUGCAGAUGAAACUGAAAAAAAAUUCAAUUCUGAUAUUAUUUAUAAUAAAUAUGAGGAUUUAUUAAAUAAUUUGAAUAAUAAUAUUCCAUCUCCAAUUGGUUUUCGUAUUGCUGAAUCACCAAUAUUUCUUAGCAAUGAUUUUCGUGAUAGAAUUAUAAUGGCUGGUAAUUAUAUUAUCGAUUUUAUAUUACAUCCUGAUUUUAAACAAAUAACAGAAGAUUCUAUUCCUAAAAAAUGGCGUUGUGCAAAUGAAAAUAAUCAUCCACAUGUUAUUAUAAUGGAUUUUGCAAUACAUAACGAUACAAAUGGAAAUCUUGUACCUAAAUUAAUUGAAUUACAAGGUUUUCCAUCUAUUUAUGCAUUACAAGCUGAUUUAGGUAUGUUUUAUCAAACAAUAUAUGGAAUUCCUGACAAUUGGAAUAUUUAUUUUAAUGGAUUAGAUAGAAUUCAUUAUUUUAAUUUACUUAAAGAAACUAUUGUAGGAUCUCAUCAACCGGAUGAAGUUGUACUUUUGGAUAUUAAUCCUCAUAAACAGCAUACAGCCGCUGAUUUUUAUUUAACGCAAAAAUAUUUAGGCAUAUCGAUUGUCUCAUUAACAGAUUUACAACGAAAAGGUAAACAGUUAUUUUAUGAAUGUCAAGGAAAGCAAAAAUUAAUCAAACGAAUUUAUAACCGUCUGGUUUUUGACGAAAUCGCUGAUAAAGAAAAUAUUUUCGAGGAAAAUGUUGAUUUAAGACAAGAUCUUGAUGUUGAAUGGAUAACACAUCCUCAUUGGUUUUAUCGUAUAAGUAAAUAUAUUUUACCUUAUCUUAAAGGUGAAUUCAUACCAAAAACAUAUUUCUUAAAUCAAAUUAAUCAAAAUCUUCCCAAUGAUCUUGAAAAUUAUGUAUUAAAACCAUUAUUUUCAUUUGGUGGCCGAGGUGUUCUUAUUGAUAUUACAAAAGAUGAUAUUAAAAAAAUAGAAGAUCCAUUUGAAUGGAUAAUUCAAGAAAAAGUUGAAUAUCAUCCUUUGUUUCAUUUUAAUCUUCAGGAUAUAAAAGGAGAAAUUCGUUUAAUGUAUCUUUGGCCCGAUGAUUAUAAACGACCAAUAUUGACUACAAACUCCACGCGUUUAAGCAAUGGAAAAACAAUCAAUGUUCGACAUAAUGAAAAUUCUCGAUGGACGGGUGCAUCAAUUGCUUUUAUACAAAAUUCGAACUAA